AUGGCGAGGCGUCACGAUGAUCAAGAGCUGAACACUGCCGUCCCGACUGACUUCAAUCGGAUUUAUGUUGGUAGUUUGGACUAUUUUGCCAAACCGGCAGAUGUGAAGGAAUUGCUCGUCGGGGCCAACCUCAACAGCUUUCAGAAAAUCCAUAUUUCGAUCGAUCCUAUCAGUGGUAGAAACCGAGGGUACUGUUUCGUCGACUUUCCAUCACACCAAGAGGCUACCUACGCUUCGGAGGCGCUUGCGGGCCAAUCAAUCCUCGGGAGGGUCGUCAAGCUGGGCCCCUGUGUACCCAAGGGACAUGGGAGAUCAUCGCGUGGAGACCAGAGCUCCGCUGAAUUUCGACCUGUGUUCCAGAGAUGGGGUGAUUGGAAAGGUGCCGACGGCGCCUCAGAACAGAAGGAUGGGGCGAGAUUUCGGGGCUGGAAUUCCCCAAGAGAGCAAACAGAAGACCAGCAAGGGCCGUAUGCUGCCCUGAAUCGUCUGCAAAGUUACUCCAACAAGGACAGCACCCGCAUCCGCAUCGAUGGCCUCGACAAAAUGAUUGAUCAGGAACACAACGACGCUGAGAUUCGCAGCUUUUUUUCAGGCUUCGACGUCGUCGCCAUCGGCAAGCGCGUGGUUUCAUACUCGCUCCGAUCUACGCCUGGGAACCACCAUCACUGUUAUGUUGACCUUGGCUUCCCCGAGGAAGUUGACCGUGCUGUCAAGUAACUGAGAGGCACGGCAAUGAAUGGAGUGGCCGUUCGUCUCUCCAUAGCUCGAGAUGGGAGAGGCCCUGACCAGCACGGCCAAAGCCAGUCAUCUGGAGGGGGUAGCCAGAUUGGCCACAAGGCGAGAGAUGUACACGGCGGUGGAAGAGAUUACAUGCAGAAAAGCAGCUGGCGGAGGGCAGAUGCUUGAAUUUCUUGCGUUAGUUUGUUUGCCACUCAAGCAACAGCAUCAAUUAUUGCCUUUGAAAAA